CUUCAGCCAACAUGGCGCCGCCCAGGGUGUUCCAGUGCCCACGUGGUUCCGGUAGGCAAGAUGGCGGCAGCCGCUAGCCAGACUUCCUUGGAUUCUUCCCCGCGCAUCCUGCGAUUGGUGGCCGAGUGUAGCCGUUCCAGGGCCCGAGCAGGGGAGCUGCGGCUGCCACACGGGCCAGUGGCUACUCCAGUGUUCAUGCCAGUGGGCACGCAAGCAACCAUGAAGGGCAUCACCGCUGAGCAACUGGAUGCGCUGGGCUGCCGCAUCUGCCUGGGCAACACCUACCAUCUGGGUCUGAGGCCGGGCCCUGAUCUGAUCCAGAAAGCCCACGGUCUCCACGGCUUUAUGAAUUGGCCUCACAAUCUGCUGACGGACAGCGGCGGCUUCCAGAUGGUGUCUCUGGUGUCCCUGUCCGAAGUGACGGAGGAGGGCGUCCGCUUCCGCUCCCCUUACGACGGUGAUGAAACCCUUCUGAGUCCCGAGAGGUCCGUGGAGAUCCAGAACGCACUGGGCUCUGACAUCAUCAUGCAGCUUGACGACGUGGUGAGCAGCACUGUGACAGGGCCACGUGUGGAAGAAGCCAUGUAUAGAUCAAUCCGCUGGCUGGACCGGUGCAUUGCAGCCCAUCGGUGGCCAGACAAACAGAACCUCUUUGCCAUCAUCCAGGGUGGGCUGGAUGCGGAUCUCCGGACCACCUGCCUAGAAGAAAUGACCAAGAGGGACGUGCCAGGCUUUGCCAUCGGGGGCCUGAGUGGGGGCGAGAGCAAGAGCCAGUUCUGGAGGAUGGUGGCACUGAGCACCUCGAGGCUGCCCAAGGACAAGCCCCGAUACCUGAUGGGGGUCGGCUAUGCCACCGAUCUGGUGGUCUGCGUGGCUCUCGGAUGCGACAUGUUCGACUGCGUCUUCCCCACACGGACGGCGCGCUUUGGCUCCGCCCUGGUGCCCACGGGGAACCUGCAGCUGAAGAAGAAGCAGUAUGAGAAAGACUUCCAUCCCAUAGACCCAGAGUGUGCCUGUCCCACCUGCCAGAAGCACAGCCGGGCUUUCCUGCAUACGCUGCUCCAUAGUGACAACACGGCCGCCUUGCACCACCUCACUGUCCACAACAUUGCCUAUCAGCUGCGGCUAAUGAGUGCUGUGCGCGCCAGCAUCGUAGAGAAGCGCUUCCCUGACUUCGUGCGGGACUUCAUGCGGACCAUGUAUGGGGACCCCACCCUUUGUCCCACCUGGGCCACUGAAGCCCUGGCCUCCGUGGGAAUCACCCUGAAUUGACCCCACUUGGGAGAAGGAGGGAGGGGAUGGAAGAUAUUGAAGUAUGUGGUGCUUUUUAUUAUAA